AUGUCCUCACCAACAAAACUCCCGAUCCGCACCCAACACUGCCGCUUCUGCAACAACCUCCUCCUAGCAACAACCCGCAGUCUCUCAACCCUCCCCCGCCGCUCCUCUCCCGCCGCGGACUCAGCUCUAAUCCUACCUCUCGAAAAGCUGCGCACCACAGACGAAGAAUCCACCUCCACCUCCACACAAGAACCCUCCACCUCCACCAGCCCCAAUGCGAGAUCCAGUCCGAAGCACGUCACAAUCCUCCUCUCAACAACCCUCCCCGACCGCCGCGCAACACUAAUCCGACGCGAGGACGGGAUCGAGAAGCGUAUUCUACUUCGUUGUGGACGGUGUCGUGUUGUUGUGGGGUAUUAUCUUGAUCGGGUUCAUUGGGAGGGAUCAAGUCAAGCCCAAAAAGAAAAAGAAAAAGCAACCCGAGAGGAUAGCGAGGAGGAAGGUGGUGAUGAGGAGAGACCGCCGGCGAUGUAUGUGUUACCGGGGUCUUUGGUGGAGACGGAGGGUAUGGGUGGGGAGGGGGUUGGGGAGAAGGAGUGGCGUGUUUGGGGUGGGGAUGCUUAA